CGUCCAGCUUGUUUCCUCCCACAAGUCACAGCAGCAGGGCGGGGAGGGACGGUGACCUUAUAGCCUCUAUCGUAGCACCAGUACAGGGCUUUAACCAGCCGAGCCUGCUGGGACAAACUUGAACUUAGUUGCUAAAGUCUGACUUUUGUAGUUUAGCAGUUUUUUGUUGAGGUUUUAUUAUUCCAGCGGCCAUGAGUAAGGACAAGCAGAGCAAGCAGGUGCCGGAGUGCACCGGACCUCUGUCCCCAUCUAAAGGCCAGAAACCCCCGAGAAUGCCCAAGUGCUCCCGGUGUAGGAACCACGGCUACGUGUCUCCUCUGAAGGGACACAAGCGCUUCUGCAACUGGAGGGACUGUCAGUGUCCCAAAUGCAAACUGAUAGCUGAGAGGCAAAGAGUCAUGGCGGCCCAGGUCGCCCUGAGACGGCAGCAGGCUCAGGAGGAGGAGCUUGGGAUUUGUAGUCCAGUGGCUCUGACUGGCCCUGAGGUGAUGGUGAAAAAUGAAACUGGAGCAGACUGCUUGUUCUCUUUGGAGGGACGAUCCCCAACACCAACCAGUACCUCUACUUCUUCUCAUGCUGUCACAGGGAGUCGCUCGGCAUUGUCCCCCAGCCCGUCAGCUGGUGCCCGGGCUCAUACUGAGGGAUCGGCAGACCUGCUGCUGGAAACUCCCUAUUAUAACUUCUACCAGCCUUCCCGCUACCCCACCUAUUACGGCAACCUCUACAACUACCAGCAAUACCAGCAGAUGCCCCAUGGUGAUGGCCGUGUGUCUAGCCACAACAUGUCCUCUCAGUACCGCAUGCAUUCCUACUACCCAGCAGCCACCUACUUGAGUCAGGGCCUGGGCUCCACCACCUGUGUGCCACCCCUCUUCAGCAUCGACGACAACAACAACAACAACAACAACAACAAUAAUAACAACAACUGCUCUGAGACCAUGGCAGCCUCCUUCUCCCCCAGCAGCAUCACCACUGGUCACGACUCCACCAUGACCUGCAGGUCCAUCAGCUCCCUGGUUAACUCCGAUGUCAACGCUGAGUGCGAGGUCGGCAGCGAGACGCCAAACUUCACCAUCAACUCCAUCAUCGAUGGUGACGCCACCAAAUAAAAGAAGCUAAGGAUAAUUUUACACAACAAAAGCAUUACGAGAUCAAUUGAUCAAAGUUACUGCAGUUACUGUUCGCUGCAGGUUUCUCUGUUUGUGUCCAGGAGGCACGAUAACGUAUUUUCCACACCUCAGUUGAGAAUACAGGUGGUCUUCGUAUUUUAGCUAAUUUUUAGCUGUUAAAUGUUUUGUUGAAGCCAGUUCACCAGCAUAGAAAGUGCUCGGAAAGUAAAAAAAUUUACAAGUUCACAAAUAACAGCAUGCAAUUACUUGAGAAGCAUUCUCCAGAAGAUAAAGAUAAACAAACAUACAUUGAAUAAGUCUCAUGAUUAUCAGUAAUCAAGAUUGGACCAAAUUAUUCAAACUAGACGGUUGUACACUAGUUUUUCCUCUUCAGAAUUAGGCUGUUUGGAUAAACCCUUUAUAAAGGCGACUAAAUGUACAGUAAAUAAGUGACGUGUUGUGUUUUUGUAAAGUUGUACACUUGUUUUUCCUUUUCGGAAAGCAACUGUUAAUGCAAAGUGAAGUAUUUUUUAUUAUCCAAAAGAUAAAGUGACGCAACAUGCUAAAUAAUGAUAUUCAAAUCCUUUUCAAGCAUGCAGUAAAAUGGACCAGUGCAGUUUUGACACAGUAUGGUUAGAUAUUAGUGGACGAUCUUUUGACAAUCAGAAUACAGGCUUAGUGUUUGCAAUCACCGUUACUUAAAUCUCAAGCACUUAUUUAGAAAUAGUCAAAGGCUAAAUUUGGCCAAAUGCCCUGGUUGACAUGCAAUACAUGUAGUAUAGGUUAAUUAUUUUUUAGUUUGUAUUAGUCUAUUGUUUUUCAGCUUUUGAAGUCUGUUUUGUGAUCUAGUUAACCAGAAGACAAAGUUGAGCCCAUCCUUUUUAGUAAGCACUGAUUUGGUGAUUUGCAGGUCAAAAGAUGUCGAGGUUAAAUAGUACCUCAACACCAGGCUGAAUAGCAACAUUUUUCUGCCCUUUUUGGUUGAAAGUUUCAAGUGUGUUUCACCUGUGUUACCACACCCAACUGUGAUGUCACGGUGCUCUGACACACCCUGGAGUACACAUCUACACCACUGCAACAAAGGGGAGAAGUUAAACCACUGGAGGUCAGCAAAAUAAAGAUGUUCAGGUGGCGUUAGGCUACAUCUAAUAGUUGUUUCAACAAUAUUUAAAUGACUGUGUAUAUAUAUUUAUGUAUAUAAAUAUAUAAAUAUUGUCAUUAAGACUUCCUAAAAACUGAUACUGGAUUUUUGAGGAUGAAAUAUUAGUUGAAAACUUUGAUGAUACAUCGGAUGCCAAUUUUUCAUAGACACAAACAUUUUUGAUAAGGAUUCCUUAAAUUUUAACGAAUUGUGACAAUUGAGAUAAGGUAUAUUUUAUCAGACGUUAUAGAAACUAAUUAAUCUGGUGGUUUAUUUAAUGGUUUCUAAAUGAUCUCAAACAUUUCUUUGGCAUUUCUUUACAGCAAUUACUUGUUGACAUGUACACCACGAUGAAUAUAUCUGCUGAUAUUGGAUAGCCUGGACUAUUUAUCCACCUAGCUCUAUCAAAAACUUUCAAACUAAAAUAUUGCCCAGAUGUAUGCCUAUACUAAUGCCAAAGACAUCUUUUGACCUGUUUGUACAGUGUGAACAACGAUCAGAUAGUUUUGGAAAAAUAUGUGAAAACUGCAUUUCCUUUUGUCCGGUAUAAAUAAAUGUGUCACUGAAUUAAAGUUUUAGAGUAGAAAACAUCUCUGAUAGAGACUCUGGGAUAUCCUCCUGCAGGACAACGUGUGACUGGAGGGUUAGCGGGGAGAAAAACAGGCAGGUUAGACAUAAAUCAUGUUUCCCUCCGUUGCGUUGGCAUGUGAUGAGCACCGGCUGCUUAUUUAUGGCACCGAUCCAGCGGCAUCAUUUAUUCCACAGAAUUUGCAUGUCUAUUGUAUAUUUAACCCCUUCAGGCCUGGAGUUUUACUAAACACAUGGGUGACUGUUUACACACCUUGGUACGGCCUUGUAGAUACAGCGGAAGCUGAGGACCUGGAUUUGUAGCAGUGAUGUGUAAAGCUGAAACAAUUUGUGGAUUAGUUGAUAAUCAAUUAAUCAUUUAAGGGAUUUUUUCAAGCAAGGUUGUCUUAAAUUGAAGUCCAUUUUCUUUUGGUUUUGGACUGUUGUGAUGUCACUUUGGGAUCUGGGAAAAUGUCACUUUCCAUUGUUUUCUGAUGCUUUAUAGACCAAAUAACUAAUCAAUUAAUAAAUAAAUAAUUUGAUGAAUCUAUAAUAAAAAAUAAUCGUUAGUUGUGUUUUUUGACAUAAAUACCUGGUCACAGUGUUGCUUUGUGUAAGUAAAUACCCCAAAAGCUGUUUUUUUAUUCCAUGAACUAAUGAAUGUAAUCCUGUUGCCCACUUUUGAGUUGUGUUGUUUAAGUGUUAAUUAAAAAACAACUCAUAUGAGAUUUUGCCAACUUUUCUGCCUUUGUGAAGCCGACUAGUACACCACUGUACUGCAUAUUGUUGAUGUGUUUUGUGUUUUAUGGAGAUUCAGUUCCAAUUGCAUGCUUUGAAAGUGUUUAUUUGUGUUUGCGUUUGAAUAAGACAGCAACAAAAGUAAUUUGGAGUCUCGGAGUUUAUGUCGCUACAACUUUUAGGUAAAUAAAAACGCUUUAAAGUGA